GGAUGCCUUUUGUCUUUCCAUGAAGGUAGAAGAUAUUUCCGGGCUUGGCAGGGCACUCUCUCCUAAUCCCCCUUUCUCUCGAUGCCUGAGGGUUGGGGACCUGUAUCUAUUGGUCCCUAAAAGAGAGGGUGCAGGUGCAUGCUCAGAAGUGUGUUUCUGCAUGACCCAGAGUGGGGAGUGGGAGCUCCCAAACAGGUGGACAUGGAGAGCAAGCCAGAUAGGUUCUGGCCCUGCCCCAUUUAUUUGCCUUCUGUCUGCUGCUUCUGCACCAGCCCCCAUCCUCAUUGUGUCAGCCUCCUGGGAUUCACCUGAUGGUGGGGCUAGGGCUCCAUGUAGUUUCCUGAUUGGCUUAUCUUUGGGGGACCCCCAUUCCCUGGCCCCGGUACAGGAGCAAGCUUCCUUCUGAUUGGGGGAGGACCAGUUGGCAGCCUCCUGCUCUUAGAACUCUUGUCGCCAUGGAAACAGAUCGGACUGCUCUGUGAGUGUGGAAAGGGCAGCAUCUCUGAGGGGAUCAGAGGAGCCUCAUUCCUGGGACCUCCUAUCAGUUGGCCUGAAAGGGGCAGAGGGUCUCAGAGUGACGGGCCUACCUUGCAAUGUAGCGACAGGGGUCACAUCAGCUGGCUGCAACCAACUACCUCUUAGAGUUCCUGUAGAAGCCUGAGGGUCCCCAAAGGCUGGUUCUCAUAACUAGAGAGGCAGUCUUAGGGGAAGAGAAUAGAGAGGAGGGAGGGGGUGGGGGAAGGGAAGAGCUCAGCCAAGCCUGGGAGUCGCUUACCCUCCCACCAGCAUGUCCUAGGUUACAGCAGAAAACCACUGCUCCAGUGACCAUUUCCGUUUUAAAGUACUUUUUUUCGUUUUGUCUAUCACCAUCACCCACAGCCAUAUCACGCUGAUCCUGUCACCAUUAUCCAACCACAGAUAAGAUUGCCAUCAUGGUCACACGACUGUCACUCGGUCAGCUCAGCACUGUAAUUUCAGGGUAGCCUUGUGAUCCACUGUCCAGCCUGGCUCAACACAGCCCAACACUGCAGCAGACAUCUCCAGCUGUGUGAUACUUUGUUCACCCUGAUCUCCUGCCAGGGAUGGAAGCCAGGCCUGGUGCAUGUGGAACAGAUGCUCUACCACUGAGCCACACCCCAGCCCUCCUUUCAUCUUGAUCCUAGUGACACUCUUGUGGCCAGUACCCAGUGAAGCUUCCUCAGUCACUAUCUGUUUUGGGUGGAAAGACUUUGGGAUGGAAACUCAUCUGGUCAGUGGCUUGGCUCUGAGUCUCUGGGGGAGGCUCUGACAUGGCCCUCAGUCAUUGUGAGCCUCUGGCUAAGACGUCUAGCAGAGGGCUCCCUGACUUUGUCUAGGCUCACACCUCUGAAGGAGCAUGCUGGCUCCUUGGGACCCUUUUCCUCAAACAGAAAUUAGGAACCGUGCAUUCUAGUCCCUAUUUGGAAUGCCCUGGCCCAUUAAAUGAGCUGACCAGUCCUGUAAGUGAAGACAUACAAAUUGUGUUAACUAACCCAGUUUUUGACUAAAGAAUUUUUCCACAGAAUGCCUGUAUUAUGAGCAUCUCCAAGGAUAUGUUUCUGGAAAUACGGAUCUACCGAGUCUCCACCCUGUCUUGAUGGGGAAACUGAGACCUAGAAGGCUAUUGUCACAUGGUGUGUUAGCAUAAACCAUGAGUCAGAAUGUCUCCUAGUUCCCACGAAUUCCUACAAGUGUAUCUGGAUAGAAAGCCGAGGGAGGGGCUUUUCUCCUCGGGUGCAUACACACCGACCGUAGCUGGAUAUUUACAGAUUGGGCUACCUUGUAUUUCCAUUCCCCUAGGCACUAAGGAAUCAGAAGCAAGUGGGCAAGGUGGACUGCCAUCUUUUGACCCAUUCCUAGGUUCCCUGCUGGGAGCUCCUCUCUGAAUUUUAGGUGGUUCUAGUGCCUCUGAGCUCCCUCCAGGUAAUAAACCAGAGUAACUCGUAAAUAGUCCAACUUGCAUUCUUUGCGGCCAAAAGGAGCUGACCUCCACCUCUCAGUCCCAACCACAGGGAGAUCACCCAGUGGACCUCUCUGACCACAGUGAAUCAUGGAAGGAGUCAGCCAAGACAACUGGCCUCAUUCUCUCCUGCACUUUUCUCUGCAUUAAUGAUAGUUGGAUGGUGACUUUCUGAAGCAAAGUCCUGUCACCCCAGACCUGCUGAUGACUCCCAGUGACCAGGGCGAUGUGGACCUGGAUGUAGACUUUGCAGCAGACAGAGGCAACUGGACGGGCAAGCUGGACUUCUUGCUGUCCUGCAUCGGCUACUGUGUGGGCUUGGGAAAUGUCUGGCGGUUUCCCUACCGAGCCUACACCAAUGGAGGCGGAGCCUUCCUCGUGCCCUACUUCCUCAUGCUGGCCAUCUGUGGCAUCCCCCUCUUCUUUCUUGAGCUCUCCCUGGGCCAGUUCUCCAGCCUGGGACCCCUGGCUGUCUGGAAAAUCAGCCCCCUCUUCAAAGGUGCGGGUGCGGCCAUGCUGCUCAUCGUGGGCCUGGUGGCCAUCUACUACAACAUGAUCAUCGCCUACGUCCUCUUCUACCUCUUCGCCUCCCUCACCAGCAACCUGCCCUGGGAGCAUUGCGGCAACUGGUGGAACACAGAACGCUGCCUGGAGCACAGAGGCCCCAAGGAUGGCAACGGGGCACUGCCUCUUAACCUCAGCAGCACUGUCAGCCCCAGUGAGGAGUACUGGAGCCGAUAUGUCCUGCACAUUCAGGGCAGCCAGGGCAUCGGCCGACCCGGGGAGAUUCGCUGGAACCUCUGCCUCUGCCUGCUGCUGGCCUGGGUCAUCGUGUUUCUCUGUAUUCUGAAGGGGGUGAAGUCCUCGGGCAAGGUGGUGUACUUCACAGCCACCUUUCCCUACCUCAUCCUGCUCAUGCUCCUGGUUCGAGGAGUGACCCUUCCCGGGGCCUGGAAGGGCAUCCAGUUCUAUCUCACCCCCCAAUUCCACCACCUGCUGUCUUCCAAGGUGUGGAUUGAAGCUGCUCUUCAGAUCUUCUACUCUCUAGGAGUGGGUUUUGGGGGUCUUCUCACCUUUGCCUCCUACAACACAUUCCACCAGAACAUCUACAGAGACACCUUCAUUGUCACUCUGGGCAAUGCCAUCACCAGCAUCCUGGCUGGUUUUGCUAUCUUCUCGGUGCUGGGCUACAUGUCUCAGGAGCUGGGUGUGCCUGUGGACCAAGUGGCCAAAGCAGGCCCUGGCCUGGCCUUUGUUGUCUACCCACAGGCCAUGACUAUGUUGCCUCUGUCACCCUUCUGGUCCUUCCUCUUCUUCUUCAUGCUUCUGACUCUUGGCCUCGAUAGCCAGUUUGCCUUUCUGGAAACCAUAGUGACUGCAGUGACCGAUGAGUUCCCAUACUACCUACGGCCCAAGAAGGCAGUGUUCUCAGGCCUCAUCUGUGUAGCCAUGUACCUGAUGGGACUGAUCCUCACCACUGAUGGGGGGAUGUACUGGCUGGUCCUUCUGGAUGACUACAGCGCCAGCUUCGGACUCAUGGUGGUGGUGAUUACCACAUGCCUCGCUGUCACCCGGGUAUACGGCAUCCAGCGGUUUUGUCGUGACAUCCACAUGAUGCUGGGCUUCAAGCCAGGCCUCUACUUCAGGGCCUGCUGGCUGUUUUUGUCUCCGGCCACACUCUUGGCCUUGCUGGUGUACAGUAUCGUCAAGUACCAACCCUCGGAAUACGGUAGCUAUCGCUUCCCCGCUUGGGCCGAGCUGCUAGGCAUCCUGAUGGGCCUGCUCUCCUGCCUCAUGAUCCCAGCUGGCAUGCUGGUAGCUGUGCUUCGAGAGGAAGGCUCGCUCUGGGAGCGACUUCAGCAAGCCAGCCGUCCUGCUAUAGACUGGGGCCCAUCACUGGAAGAGAACCGGACGGGCAUGUAUGUGGCCACCCUGGCUGGGAGCCAGUCACCAAAACCACUGAUGGUACACAUGCGAAAAUAUGGGGGCAUCACCAGCUUUGAGAAUACAGCCAUUGAGGUGGACCGUGAAAUCGCAGAGGAGGAAGAGGAGUCCAUGAUGUGAGACCAGACACUGCCAAACAGGAGGGCUGGUCGGGGCCUCCCCGUCCGUCCCUUCCUUGGCCCACAGGGGAUAGCUUUGUCUGUUGGGAUUCUGACAGGCAAUGGGAGGUUGCUAUGGCAACGACAGUCCCCAGCCUAAGUCCCUCUUUGUGGCCUCUACAUCUCCUGGAACCUCUAUCUAGAUGGACAUACAUAUACUAGGUAACCCAUUCAAAGCUGAAACGAUCCAGCUCAGCCCUCAGUUUGUGAGGGGGUGCAUUGAAGCCAGGGAGAGAAGAGCUGGACCAAGGUGACAUGCCCAAGAGGACUUGUUCCCAAACCUCCUCCAGCCAGUCAACUCCCUUUCCCUUGGGGGAGCAAGUACCAUAUCUGACAUCUUUGUUCAGACACUUUGACAAGAUACAUUUCCAUACAAGCCAACUUUAAACCCCAGGUUCAGGGUAGCGAGAAGCUGGAGAGCCCCAAAGCCCUGGAUAUAGAUAAAUGCCAGGGACCAAAUUGGGUAGAAAAGUCUUUGUGGGUUCCUGUGUUAAGGCCAGUUUUCCCAGAAGAAGUGGGAGCUUUAGGGCUGAGAGGUGUGAAAGAUUGCAGAAGAGGCUAGAGGGAAGGUUUGCGGGUCAGAGCUGCCCCUGAGCCAGGAGGAGGCCCAACCUGCCAGAGCAGAGACCAGGAGGGGCUGGAGAUGGUGGUGCUCCCGGGUUAUGAGAGGGAGGGGGAGCCAGAGAGGCAGGGUGGGAUGACUUGCAUGGCACUGUAUAGCAUUUUAGAUCUGUUUGGUGUGGAUUAGGGACAGGUAUAGAGACAGGAGGCCUACAGAGGACAGGAGAGAAGUACUAAUGGCUGGAGUUAGGCGCUUGGGUGGGAAUCUCCAUUUGGACACGAUGCCUUGGGCUGGCAGGAGGCCCGAGGAGCACCCUCCAAGGGGAUAGGAAUGAGGCCUCCAGUCAGGACCUACUCCCCCGUCCCUGUGGCUUCCAAUAACAAUGGCUACCAAGACUUGGAGAUGGUCCACACAUUGGACAUAUGUCCGGAUGUUGCCGGGCACCUGACAGGCAGCCUCUGCCCUGGGUCCCUGUGAGAUGGUGUUCAGGUGUGGCCUGCACACUGCAUUCCCAGGAGAGCAGGACACUUUCAUUCAGCAUAGUGGCCUCUGUGCCCCACCUCUCUCCUGGCAUCUCCCCAGUCCAUUUGUGUUCUGCUGGUUGAUUGUCAAUAAAUACCAAAUGAGGUCAUC